AUCGGUUACAGUUUAAAGUUGAUCAGUGAAAACAGACAAGAUUUGUUUAGGUUUUGUCUGUAGUUCAAGAUUUUUAAUUAUUUCUUUCAAGUUGUGAAGUUAUUUUAAUUUCUAUCCAUUGAUUACAAUGAGUAGAAAAUUUAAAAAGGACAUUGUACCUUGGAAAAAUCCAGCUGAAUUUAUCAAAGUAUAUGAGUAUGCUUUCUCUGAUGAUCUGAAGAAAAAUCGUUGGGCUGUUGAGCAAAUCACUGUUUGGGAAACACGGUGCUGGCCAAGCCUUCCAACUGCUGUGGAAGCAACUCUUUUAUUAGUGCGAAGCAAAAUUCAAGAUCAUUUAUAUGAGGCCAGCAAAUUUUUUUGCAAUGCACAAGAAGUUGAAAUGAUGUAUUCAAAUGCUGUUGUAAGGUUUGUAAAUCUAUUAUUAGAGAAUGAUCAAAACUCAAGAAAUAAAAAAAGAUUAUUUACUUUAGCAGAAGAGAGAAAUAUCCCACCUUGGAUUGUUGAUAUUCGUCAUAAUAGUACUCAUGGAUUUCACCCAACUCUCCCAAUACUUCGCAUGGCUUAUGAAACUAUUAUGGCAUAUCUUGAAAAGAUAUUUUGGCUUCCCGAGAAAUCUCGUGUAUGUGCUAUAAUAAAAUUUGUUGAUGAAGCACCUAUUGUGGAAUUACUGGAAGAUUACAAAUUACUUCAAUAUCAGAUGGUUGCAAAUAUUGUAGAAGAAGGUAUAGAAGACAAAGAGAUGGUUCAUACAGGUGCGAGAGAUAAGGUUUUGUUGAAAAUCGAUGAAAUCUUAAGAAAACCAAAAUCUCAAAGGAAAUUUUUAGACAUACUUGUGGAAAAUUUUAUUACAUUGUAUGAUGUCCAAGCAAUGAUCACUGAAGAUGAAAUAUUCAUGGAUGAUAAUAUAUCGCCAUCUAGUAUGAUGUUGCCAGCAACUCUCCAGCACUUUUACAACCCCCUGAUCAAACUUUUGCAUAAACAUAAUUUGAUUUCAACCUUUUUAGAGUUGUUACUACUUAGUCAAGAAAAGCGUGAAUACGUAGUAUUGCAAAAAAUUGUUGACUAUGCAGUGUUGUAUAUCUUCCAUCUUACAAAGGCCUCAGGCAGAGUAUCCAAGCAAACAGCUAUGCCAUUUGUUUGCAAAGGUGCUAAUCUCAAUAAGUACAGAUUGCUUUAUUCCUGUGUAAAAGGAUGUAGUACUACUGUAAGAGUUGUUUUUGAAUGGCUAGUGGAUGAGCUGGAGCUGAUGCAUUUUGUACCAGAACUAACUGCAAUGAUAAAUAUAAAGUUGGGAACUUCAAUUCGCACAGAGUCUGGAACAAUGAGAGAGAACAGAAGAAAGCGAAAAUUUGAUGAAUUUACAUUUACUGUUGAAGACUUAGAAGAAGAUGUUCUAGAAG